AUGGCAGAAAAGGCUGAAGUUGAGAAGAAGGCAGUAGAUUCAGAACAGGCUUUACUGAGGCUGAAGGCGGAGAAGGCUGAAGUUGAAAAGAAGGCAGUAGAUGCAGAACAGGCUUUACUGAGGCUGAAGGCAGAAAAGGGUGAAGUUGAAAGGAGAGCUGAGGAGUCGGAACAAGCAUUGGAGAGAUUGCAGGCGGAGAAGAUCCAAGCCGUUAAGGAUGUCGAGACUAAACUAUUAGAAGCUAAUGUUCAGCAUGCGGACUCCCUAAUCGCGCUACAGCGAAGAUAUGAAGAGCAGACUCGUGACGCAUGGACACUAGCUAUGAUCAUCUCAUGCAAUUACUUCCUCGACCUUCAGAAGACUCAGAGAGCCGAUAUGGCGACGCUCGCGGACCUGUCUUAG